AUGCCUUUGGAAUAUGAUAUAUUUUCUGAUUUAAAUCUGUACUUGAUCAUCAGCCUGGGCUCUGUUAUUUUAUUAUUCUUGAUAACUAUACUUGUAAUAAUCGUCAUCAAGUGUCAGAAACCAAAGCCAGUUGAAGAGCCUCCUCCCUGUAGGAACAGUUUCCCCAGCCUCAGGAACUCUAUGAACUCUCAGAUAGCGGACUCCACCUUGAUCUCCAGCGAUGCCUACUGGUACAGUUUGUUUCUAGCGGAGACACGGAAGGGAAAAGUGGUUGUUAGACAGACUGUGCCGAACGGGGCUGGAUACAUCGUUUCCAGUAUACCAAGGAGCACAGGACUCACAGAGACAAGUGACUCAGCAGCGUCAACAUUGCAGGAAGAAAUUCACAAUAAUAAACUGGCUUUCAUCGAUUUGAUCCGCGACAUGAAAAGGUCAGUCGAAGUCUUGGUUUUGCUGUCCGUGGCGUGUCGUCUUGUUCAUUCCAGGAUUCGAUAUUCGGUAUCCGAGGAACUGGAAGAAGGUUCUAUUGUUGCUAAUUUAGCUCGUGAUAUUGGACUUGAUACCGGCAGCCUAGUGAAUCGGGACCUCCGAAUUGCUUUAGGUCCCGGUAAACAGUAUAUCGAGGUGAAUAAAGAGAAUGGUAACUUAUACAUCAAUGAAAGAAUAGACCGGGAAGAACUGUGUGGUUACAAAACCGAAUGUUUUCUGUAUUUAGAGGUAAUAAUAGAAAAUCCUCUGAAAAUAUACAGCGUUGAGAUAGAAAUUACAGACACAAAUGACAACGCACCUAAAUUUCCAAGGUCCACAAUACAACUGGAAAUUUCGGAAUUAGUUUUACCGGGAGAGAGAUUUUCUCUGGACAAGGCAGUUGACCCAGAUGUGGGAACCAACAGCGUUAGCACGUAUAUCCUUAGUGAAAAUGGUCAUUUUGAUAUUGAGGUGAAAUCGUGGAAAGACGGGUCACUGUUUGCUAAUCUGAUCCUAACAAAAGCUCUAGACAGGGAGGAGCAGGCCGUUCAUGAUUUUAUACUGACUGCUGUUGAUGGCGGAGUCCCCGCACAUUCCGGAUCUGCCAGCAUCAUCGUCCGUGUCCUAGACGCCAAUGACAACGCCCCUCAGUUUGAUCACGAAAUCUAUACCGUCAACAUUACGGAAAAUAUCGAUAAAGGAGCCCUAGUUGUCGACCUCAACGCGGUCGAUCUAGACGAAGGGACCAACGCGGAUAUAGUAUAUUCUUUUAGUAGGCUCAUGUCAAAAUCCACACAGGAGAAAUUCGCCUUGAAUUCUGCGAAUGGAGAGGUGAGGGUUACAAAGGAAAUAGAUUAUGAGGAAGCCAAAAGUUACGAACUGUACGUGGAGGCUAAAGACAGAGGUCCAAUUUCAUUGGUUGGGCACUGUAAAAUUGUGAUACAAGUAAGCGACACGAAUGAUAAUUCACCCGAAAUUAUCAUUACGUCUUUUAAAAGUCCGGUCUUGGAGAGCAUACCCGUAGGAACUGUAAUUGCGCUCUUCAGUGUAACGGACUCAGACUCGGGGGAAAAUGGAAAGGUUGAUUGCUCCAUUUCUGAAAUCAAAGACUUUGAAUUGCAACAGUCGUUGGAAAACUAUUACGCGCUGGUAACACGAAAAUUACUAGAUCGAGAAACUACCCCAGAGUACAAUAUUACCGUAUCUGUGAGAGACAGGGGGUCUCCUCCGCUGUCAAGAAAUAAAGUAAUCAAUUUGGAGCUUCUAGAUGUGAACGACAAUCCCCCAGCAUUCCAAGAAACUUUCUACGCAAUUUCAGUAAUGGAGAACAACGUACAGGGUGAACUUUUAAGAUCAAUUGUUGCUGUAGAUCCAGAUUUAAACGAAAAUAAGCAGGUUACCUAUUCGAUGCUAGAAAACACUCAAUUAAAUAAUUCCGUGUCACAGUAUUUUUCCGUUAAUCCAGAGAACGGAAAUAUAUAUGCUUUAAAAACACUAGACUACGAGAAAGAGAAAGAGUUCCUCUUUCAUGUUGAAGCGAAAGACUCUGGGGUUCCACAACUCAGAAGUAACGUCACUGUCCAUAUAAUUAUUCUCGAUCAGAAUGACAACAGUCCAGAAAUCGUGUCUCCCUGGCGCGCACAUGGUUCGGUAGCCGAAGAACUGAUCCCAAGGUCUACUGACAAAGGAUUUCUGGUGACCAAAGUGAUCGCCAUUGAUGCGGAUUCCAUGCAAAAUUCGCGGAUUACGUAUCAGUUUCUUCAAAUCAGCGACUCCAGUUUAUUCAGUCUGGAUCAAUUCAAUGGGGAGAUCAGAACAGCGAGAAUGUUCAGUCAAAGAGACUCUCGGAAACAAAGAUUGGUUGUUCUCGCAAAGGACAACGGGGAACCUGCUCUGUCUUCUACAGUUACUAUCAAGUUAUCUACUGUGGAUCCUGCCUUAAAAGCUUUAUCGUCGGAGACUGAGGAAUUAGUGGAAUAUGAUAUAUUUUCUGAUUUAAAUGUGUAUUUGAUCAUCGGUUUGGGAGCAGUGUCUUUUCUUUUUUUAAUCACUUUAUUAAUUAUUAUCCUGGUGAAGUGUCAGAGACCAAAGCCGGUUGAAGAGCCUCCUCCCUGUAGGAACAGUUUCCCCAGCCUCAGGAACUCUAUGAACUCUCAGAUAGCGGAAUCUACCUUGAUCUCCAGCGAUGCCUACUGGUACAGUUUGUUUCUGGCGGAGACACGGAAGGGAAAAGUGGUUGUUAGACAGACUGUGCCGAACGGGGCUGGAUACUUCGUUUCCAGUAUUCCAAGGAGCACAGGACUCACAGAGACAAGUGACUCAGCAGCGUCAACACUCCAGAUUUACGCACAGGGUGUCGCUGUUCACCAGUAA